CCGCCCUGCGCGCGGCCGCUCAUUCAUUGCGCGGGCGCCGGCGCGGCGGCGAUGCACCGGGCGGCGGGGAGCCGCCGCGCCGCGCCGUGCCGCCGCCCCGGGGCCGCGGCGGCGGCGGCCGGCGGCCGGUAGCGGCGGGGCCCCCAUGGGGCGCGGCUAGGCCGGCGGGAUGCCGCGGCUCCCGGUGAAGAAGAUCCGCAAGCAGCUGAAGCUGCUGCUGCUGCUGGCGCUGCUCACCUCGGCCGCCUGGUUCACCUACCUCCACAUCAGCCUGGCGCGCCAGGGCCGCGCGCUGCGCCUGCCCUUCGCCAACGCCAGAGAUGGCGAGCGGCUGGGAGAGGCGACGGAUCCCGGCCGGCGGCCGCCCGCCGCCCCGGCGUCGGCGCGGCAGAGGAAGGCCGAGGACUCCAGCGAGAGCCGCGAGGAGGAGCAGGACUCGGAUGGCUGGUUUUCCAGAGGCCGAUGGUCCGACCGAGCCGCCAGGCAUCCCAAACUCAACCUGACCAAGCAGGCGUUGCCCUGGAACGAGGAGUACAAAGGGAAGGCAAACCUGCACGUCUUUGAAGACUGGUGCGGAGGGGCGGUGCGGCACCUGCGGAAGAACCUGCAUUUUCCGCUCUUUCCCCACACCCGCACCACGGUGAAAAAGCUGGCCGUGUCGCCCAAGUGGAAGAACUACGGGCUGCGGAUUUUUGGCUACAUCCACCCCUUCAAGGAUGGGGACUUCCAGUUUUCUGUGGCGUCCGACGACAAUUCGGAGUUCUGGCUCAGCUCCGAUGAGAGUCCGUCCAACUCCCGGCUGGCUGCGUUUGUGGGCAAGCUGGGCACCGAGUGGACAGCCCCGGGGGAGUUUACCAAGUUCAGCUCCCAGGUCUCCAAGCCUCUACGCCUCAUGUCCUCCAGACGCUACUACUUUGAGCUGCUCCACAAACAAGAUGACCGAGGUUCGGACCACGUGGAAGUUGGCUGGCGAGUUUUCCUCCCCAGCUUGAAGUUCGAAGUGAUCGACUCCUCCUACAUUUCCCUUUACACAGACGAAUCGUCCCUGAAGAUGAACCACGUGGAGCACAUCCCGCAGUCGCUGGCCAGCCACAGCGGUAGCUACCUCUGGGAGGCACAGCGAGACGAGCACGGGGCCGACAUGCUGAAGCCUGACCCCAGGGACACCUUCUUCCUCACCCCGGCGAUAGAGGCCUCCCGAGUGGAGAACGUGCUGGUGCCCUGUGCCUACAGCCCCACCUACGUGGUGAAGGACUUCCCCAUCGCCCGCUACCAGGGCCUCCAGUUUGUCUACCUCUCGUUCGUGUACCCCAACGACUUCACUCGCCUCACUCACAUGGAGACGGAGAACAAGUGCUUCUACCGGGAGUCUCCCCUCUACCUGGAGAAAUUCGGUUUUUAUAAGUACAUGAAGAUGGAUGAGGAGGAGGAGGAUCCACGCCAGCGAGCGUUUCUCUUCCUCGGCCCAGACAGUUUCCUGGAGGAAGAGGAAGAGGAGGAGGAAGGAGCGGACAGCCCUGAGCCCACGGACCCACCCCCCGCAACUAAGGAAAGGAGCCUCGGGCUGGUGCCCGGAGCCAAAAGGAAAGAGAUCCUGCCGGCCACGGGGGAUUACGGAGACGACCUGGACUACUACGGCUUCCGCCGCAAGCAGGGCCGGGCCCGGGACGAGGCGAGCCCCGCCGCGCGGCCGGGAAGGUGGAGCACGGCCCGCCAGGCCAGCGCCAGCCCAACGGCGGCCGCCUCCGCGGGCCUCCGCGGCUACGAGGCCACGGGCCCCGUGCGGGAGCAGCUCCCCGGGCGGAUGCUCAGGUGGUUGCCCGAGGAUCCCGGUGAGGGCGACGAGGAUGACCUGGGGCUGUUGUCGUCCUCGAAGCGUGCCGGCGCCCUGGGCCUCCAGCCCCACCUCUCUGUCCCCAUCUUCGGUGGCAGAGCCAAAGCGCCAGCCCCCACCAAGCCGGCAGCACCCAAACAGGACAGAAGGCCCAAGAAACCCCAGGAGAAGGUGUACGUGACCAGGCUGCAGCCGGGGAAGCGCAAGGCCCCGGCUCAGGAACCCGCCUUCCCCGGCAUCUUCCUUUAUCCGAAACCCCUGCGGAAAGUGCAUCUUCGCUCCAGGACCCCUCAGAGGCAUCCUGUCCCCUCCAGCAAGCUCCGCACCGUCCCUGGCCGCCGGCUCCCCUGGCUCCUGGGCAACAUCUCCAAGGAGAAGGGUGCUGCCAAGCGGAAGAGCGCCAGGCCGGGGGGCAAACGGUGGGAACGGCUGUACAAGCGGGAGGAGCUGAGGAGCGAGCGGCGGGCGCUGCCCAGCCUCCUCGCCCCGGGAGCCGACGGGCUCUUCAGCAGGGAGGCCCGUGAGGACGCUACAACCAGCCCGGGCAGGACGACGGCCACCACUGAUUACAACUCCUCAGAGGCAGCCCUGUCGGAUGGGACACGGGUGACGUCCUUUCUGAAGAUGUCGGAAAUGACGGCGUCCCGGCAGGAGGGAGGAGAGGCCCCAGGGAAGGGCCAGGAGGAAGAGGAGGAGGAGGAGGAGGUGUCGGACUACAGUUACGAGAACGCGGAGCUGCAGCAGAGCUGGCUGGAGGACUCCAUCAACUGGCAGAGGACGUUCAGCGUCAGCUCGGUGGACUUCGAGCUCCUGCGCUCCGACUGGAACGACCUGCGCUGCAACGUGUCCGGCAACCUGCAGCUGAGCGAGAGCGAGGUCGUUGACGUGGUGGCACAGUACAUGGAGAAGCUCAACGAGAAGAACGGCGGCAUCUACACCCUCCUGCGGAUCGUCAACGUGGAGAAACGCCGGGACACGGCCCGGGGGAACCGCUACCUGCUGGAGCUGGAGCUGGCGGAGCGGGGCCAGCGGACGGUGCGGCUCUCCGAGUACGUCUACGUCCUCUUGCACCAGGGCAAGCAGGACGACAGCAACGAGGCCAACCCCGAGGAGCCGGCCCCAGCCACCACCGAGCCCCAGCCGAGCACGUGGAGCAUCCUCUACGGGAAGCCCGUGCUGUGCCGGCCCCUGCGUCUCAGCUGGAAGCAGGACGUCAUGGUGCACUUCGUGGUCCCCGUGAAGAACCAGGCGCGCUGGGUGCAGCAGUUCAUCUCGGACAUGGCCAGCCUCUACCAGGCUACGAAGGAUGCCAACUUCAACGUCAUCCUCGUGGACUUCGACAGCGACGACAUGGAUGUAGAGAAGGCCCUGCGGGAGGCCCGACUGCCCCGCUACCAGUACCUGCGGCGCACGGGGAACUUUGAGCGCUCGGCCGGGCUGCAGGCUGGCGUGGACGCCGUGGAGGACGGGCACAGCAUCGUGUUCCUGUGCGACCUGCACAUCCACUUCCCCCCCAACAUCCUGGACAGCAUCCGGAAGCACUGCGUGGAGGGGAAGCUGGCCUACGCGCCCAUCGUCAUGAGGCUGAGCUGCGGCAGCUCCCCGCGGGAGCCCAACGGCUACUGGGAGGUGAACGGCUUCGGCCUCUUCGGCAUCUAUAAGUCGGACUUCGACCGGGUCGGAGGGAUGAACACGGAGGAGUUCAGAGACCGCUGGGGCGGGGAGGACUGGGAGCUCCUGGACAGGGUCCUUCAGAGCGGGCUGGAGGUGGAGCGCUUACGUCUCAGGAACUUUUACCAUUACUACCACUCCAAACGCGGCAUGUGGAACGCCCGCAGCAAGAAACCCCUCAAGGACUAGAGCCCCGAGCCCGGCCGGCGCCCGCGGCGAGGCGACGGGAGAGCUGCCGAGGGGACGCAGCCAGCGCCCGGGGCCGGCUGCCUCGCCGCCCUCCGCGUCUCGAGAUGCCGGAGCGGAGGAUGCACCGGAUCUCCCUAAACGAACCGUGGUUACUUCGGGGGGUGGGGGGGGAAAGGGGGUGGUGGGAGGGCGAAAGCGGGUGGUGAUUUUUUUCUUAAGGGUCUAAUUUCUUAGUCAGAAAUGAAUUUAUUAACUCGGUAGCGCCAGGGUGAGAGGAAGCCCGCUGCGGGGAGCGGCGAAGCCCCCGGGCUGCCCCUCGGAGCGGGGUGGGGGGGAGCGCAGGAGCUCGGGGGCUGGCACCCAGCGCCUCGCCCCACGGCGGGGGGCUACAAGCCCCCUUCUCCUCCGGGUCCUCUGCUCGCCUGCCCUGCUCCCGGGGAGCCGCGGCAUCCACGGGGCUUCGGCUCUGCCGCAGCCGGGCAGGGGCAGAGCCCCUCGCUGGCCCCCCGCGUCCCCUCCGGCCCUAUCCGGCAUCGCCUGGGCGCGGGGUUGGGGCGGGAGAGGGCAGAGCCUGGAGCAGGUCCGGGAGCGGGGAGAAAGUGAAUGACGUUUCCAAGCUAAUUUCUGUGAAAUUAUGAGGUAGGAAGCUGUUUUCAGGAAGUUCGGUCCGCUUUUUUUUUUUUUUUUUUUCCUGUUGGUUUGUUUGUUUUUUGUUUUUGUCGUUUUUUAUUUUUAUUCUUAAAAAAUAAAAUCAAUGUCUUGGCUGGGA